GAAACGACCUACUUGUGAAACAAACACACACAUCAAUACACAUUCAAACAUACAUCCACACACACACACACACAUGCACACACACAUACACACAAACACACACACACACACACACAUACACACACACACACACACACACACACACACACACACACAAACACAAACACAUACAAACCACACAUAAACUUGGCCCAACGGGUGCACGGUGCGUUAAAAAACCAAUGCCCUAUCUUUCUGUCCGAUACUGUAUAAUACCCCUCCACGACUAUGUUACCCAAUUCGCGUUAGGAAACGGCCGGGGAUUUUGUCGUAUCCCGAACGAGUGGUAUUGUUUUUCACAAAUUCACCAACAUUUUAAUGUUUCGAAAAGAGCCUGUUCGCUAACUCAAAUUGCAUAACUCUUAUUUUUGGGGGGAGGCGCAUCUUACCGGCUGCAAGCUGAACCAUGUCAGUUGUUUGGCAGACGUUAAGUGUGAUCGGACACGGAAAGUUUGGAUGAGAGACUUCAUCUAGACGAUUGUUUCAAGUACGGGAAAAGUGUGAAAAUGUCUUGAUCUUGUGCUAUGAGUGAUUUAUAAACGUGAAAGUUUAGGAUCAAAGGAUCUUUCUCGCGCUUUCGAGUAAUAAAUAUCAGUGUAGUUUAUUUUCCGAACUCGCAUAAUUCUAAUAUACCAAAAUGUUUGCGGUGCACAUUAACGUGAGUCGUCGUUGGACAGUACGAUCCUCACCACCGUCUAGCUUGGUGCUGCGGACGUACGCCUUCUUACUGCUGCUUGGCUCGCUAGUGUACACCCCAGUCGAGGGUCAGCGGUCACCGUGUCCAGAUGUGUUUUCGUACUGGGUGGAAGAGGGCACUAAUCAGCCGUUUGGCUAUGUGAAAUUGGAAGGUCUGCGCGCCAAUCAGGCGAUUACGCUACAGGUAGAUCUGAUGAUCGCUGCCACCGUAUCUCAGAACAACAUUGGAUCGAUCACGUUGUAUAAAUCCAGCACCGAAACUGUCCGCGACAUCCAAAACAACAGACCGGCGUGGUAUCGCGUAAACUUCCCAUUCAGAAACAUCAAACCGAGCGUGCUGGCAAUUCGCGUCAAUGGUCACACAAUCUGUGCCGGUCAGAAAGUGACCGGCCAGAUUGUAACCACCAUCAACCUGCAGCACACACUAUAUCCGUCGACGCAAAGCCUGGUAAGCACGAACGACGGGACCAACGUGAAUGUGAUACAAUACCAGCCCCCACAAACACCUGUGUAUCAGACAUUAUAUGAUAUCGCGCCGAUACAAAGACUCCAGACAACAGAAAACCCGCCCGUCGUGAUACAAUUGACGACCACACAAGCACCUGUUACGCGGCCAGUGCAACAGCAGGAUGUUAAGCCGGUCAAACGGCAACGGAAAAAAAUAGAAUAUGUAAAAAGUACUGAAGACGAGUCAUUGGAACAAGAGUCAGAGAGUCUUGAUUGCGGUCUGCCGGACAAGGGAUUCAGUCAUUACUCGAUCAACGGAAUACAUGCGCACAAAGGCAUGUUCCCAUGGGCGGCACCGAUAUUCCACACCGGCAGCUCGUCGAAACCGAGGUACAUAUGCGGCAGUACGAUUCUUACCGAGCGGCACCUAAUAACGGCCGCCCACUGCGUCUACAAUUCGGAUGGCAUCAAACAAAAUGUUAGCGACCUAACAGUCGUUCCAGGGAUGCACAACAUCGACAACUUCUUCGAAGCCGAUCUACAGGAGCGCGGUGUGAAGAAAAUCUUCGUACACAAUGAUUACUUCUUCGAGCAUGGGAUGCUAGUCGAUGCCGAUAUCGCCGUGUUGCUGCUCGAUGAUCCGAUCACGUACAAUAAGCUUGUACGGCCGAUCUGUAUGUGGUCCGAUAGCGACAACCUGGAAAAGAUCGUCGGCGAUGAAGGUUUCGUGUCGGGCUGGGGCGUCACCGAGGAUGGAAAAGCAAAGAUUCCGAGCUACGUUAUGGCCACGGUUGUCGAUCGGCAGACUUGCAAUCGCAAUCUGGAUCGGCUAUUUGCCGCCAAAGCACGGAUAUUUUGCGCGGACGGACAUGGUUCGGUGCCGUGCACAGGCGAUUCGGGCAGUGGGUUCGUAAUAAAGCGUGGCCCGAGGUACUACAUUCGUGGAAUUGUAUCGUUUGGACAGUUUGAUCCCAAGACACUCACAUGUGCAACCGAUAAGUACGUGGUGUACACGGAUAUUGCCCCGUUCCGGUACUGGCUGACGAGAGUGAUGAAGUCUCAAUAGAUCAGAAAUGUGUCCUUCUUGCCAAUUUUACCCGCUUUGCAACAGUCCGCACACACUAAAUUGGCAUUAACAUCAUCAAAAAGGGAUACAUUCAUCAUAAUACUAUUGCUAUUACAAAUGUAAUAAGAUUGAUAUUAAAAUUUUGGUGCAAAAA